ACAACCGACAGUGGAGCGAAUGCGUUUCCUGAGCUAUUAAAUUAAUGUACAGAUGACUGUGAAUGACUUAAACGAUAUAUUUAAAGGAUCGAUUUAAAGUUUUUUGAAGAAAAAAAAAUAUGUGCAUCAUACAUGGUUUUGGUAUUUAGGUGAAUUAAUUGAUGCUGAUAAUUUUGUCAAACAAAACUAAAAAUAAUGAAUGAUUUCAGCCCGCUAUGCUGGAGACGGCAUAUCAUAUUUAAUCCCGGGCUGUGUGUGUGGUUGAUUUUAUAUCCUCCUGAAUGACGUCACUAAGGAUACAUUACUUCCUCGGAGCCACAACAAGCCACUUGUUACGUUACGUUUGUAUCGCCAGUUCCAGUAAAGCGCCCAGGAGCCCAAAUGGACAUGGACAAAGCCGGCGUGAUCAAAUUCCAUCAUUGUGGAAAGGACAUUUACUGUUUUUUUGUCCCAGAAUAUUGUCCUGUUUGUCGGGAGAGUUUAAGCUCCAGGACUCGGAGGCUAGAAGAAGCACCUGUCAGCAUUCCUAAUCCUUUUAUCAACGGACACAAGGUAACAAGUUCAUUUCUGGUAAAGCCUACCAAAGGAACAUUUCUCAGAGAGUAUGAUGGAAGUUCAGAUCUUCAUGUGGGAAUCACAUGUACUAAAGGUGUGGUGUAUAAUUAUAAUGAGGCUGGAGUCUGCAGAGAUGAGCAUGGCUGGGAGCAGUCUGUCAGCAUCCCCCUGGUACAGCCUGAUAUGUACAGUCUGAUAAACCAGUGGGAUCGCUACCUGGAACAGUUCUCAUCGACGGACAUGUGGGAUCCUCAAAGAUAUGAAGAACACGAACACAACUGCUACACCUACGCCCUGACAUUUAUAAACUGUUUGCUCGCCACGCAAGGAAAGCGUCAGCUAACGAAAAGUGACUUCACAGAGAAGUUUGUUCUUCCCCGAACGAGGAGGGCUUCCAGAUACAUCACACUCUAUCAGGAGAUUUCCCACAAGUCUUUCUAUAUUGUGGACAGCUCCCAGCGAGAAGACAGCUAUGUUUAAAUUGCAGGUCGAUCUAAACAGCGGAUAUUCCCCUGGGUAGGAAUGCAUUGAAAUCACUGCUAGUCAGUCACAAGAAGCUGAAAACUGAAAGUAUGUGUAUAAUGCGUUGUUCUGGUGUAACUGUGCAAUGUUUGCUGAGACCACAGUGCGUGUCAGCUGGGCACAUUAAUGUACAGUACUGUAUAUUAGUGUAUUGUAUGAUUUUAUGUUAGAGUGAAUCUAAAAGCAGCAGUUACAAAAAAUAUUUCUUGCUGUUAACAUUUAUUGUAAUAUUCUCUGAACUAUUAUAACAGUGGACCUAGGCUAGGUGACAUUGUACUAGUUAUAUCAAAAGUGUUUAUGUACAUGUAGGUCUUGUGUUUAAAUGAAACUACAAAUUAACCAGGUUUACCAGACCUGCUUGUGACUGCUGCACUGUGUUCAGAACCUUCUUGUGAUUGCAUAAACGAUGUAAUGCUUUUGAAAGAAUUGAAUGAUGUUGUAUUUAUCUAAGGAGAGCUGAAUGAGCAUGGAGUCUCACAGAGUCAACGUGAAUUUUGAAUCUGAUCUGGGGUUUCAAGAGAUGGUACAAUUGAUUUCAUUAGAGGAUGUGCUUAGUUUUAACAAUGUGGUGUGACAAUGCAGUGUAUGGGCGGUGGUGAGUAAGAGAUCUCUAUGUAUGAGAGGUAUGGGAUUAUGCCCUGUAUCCUAGUUCAUUAUGGCUAAUUGAUUGACUAAGAUUGACAGGUCCAUUGUCCCAUCUCUAAAACCACACACAUCUUCACAUACAGUCAACACUGGGCUGCUGCAACCAGACCUGAUAUCCAUUAUCAGUAAUACGUUUGUCACAAUAAGAGUGAAUUGCUGCUCAUUGCAACUUUUGACACUCUCAUGGUAGAGUUUCACGUUCACAAAAGAAGAUGCUAAUUUAAGUAAGGAAGCAUAGAAAAAAAACAUUUAAAAAGAAUAGAGAAACAAUUGUGCAAUGGUCAAAGAAUUUGGUUUGUCAAUUUAGAAGAAUACUGAAAAGUCCAGCAUUGAAUUAAAUUUUUUACAAAAUGAACCUUAAUGUUAACACUGUGCAAUCUGUAAAUACAUUAGUUUUCCAUAUUGAAUUAAAAAAAAAAAAAAGUUGCCUUUCAAAUCUGGAAACAGGUUAACAUACCCUUAAUAAAACAAUUAACAUUUUUUUAAUAACAAAUGGGAGUUUCCUUACAGAUUGUGUUUCAUACUCUUAUUUUAGUAGGUCACGUUACAAGCUAUAUCACCAAUAUACAGUAGAAGUUUCCUGUAACAUCGUCGCAGAAAA